ACAACGAUCCUUCGUGUCUCCAUGUCUCGUCCGUGUCGGUCGGUGGAGCAGCAGGUUUUCCAUUAGUGAAUCAUGUGAGUCUCUGGGUUUCCUGCAGGAUUUCGGCUCCAUUAAUCCUUUCAUCAGUUAGAAACAUGAAGCGUCUGGUUCAUGUUUGAACUUUUCAUGACUUUUUAUUGAAUAAAUAAUAAACUGUUUGCUCUGCUAACCAAUCAGAAGCCAGGAUGUUCCCACCUGUAAACACGCAGCAGCUCCACCUGAAAUCAGAUGAAGUUUCUGUGCCUAGCAGGAAUAUUAUGGGAUGUCUGCUGAUUUCUGCCUGCUGAGGAAGAGGAGGAGAGCCUUCAUCCUGCCAGAUUAGGAAACCACGUGAGUCUGUUUCCCUCUGAGGCCAAAAUAACCCAGAUUUGAUUAAAGUCCUGCAAACGGGACAUGGAGACGCCACAGGGAAGUAAGUACACCCGUCCACCAGGCGGCGCUAAAUCUCUCAGUGACUAUAAAACGGAUCUGAUGCAUCCUGCAGGAGCAGAGCGUGAAAAAGUAAGUACACCCUCCAGCAGCAGGUGCAGGAGCGCUGAUCCAUUCAGGUUAUGUUCAGACUACCGGUCAGGCAGAGGCCUGGACUUUGACUAGGCCAUUGCAGCACCUUGAAUCUCUUUGUUUCUGUCGUUCAAAUCUGCUGCUGUUUGGACCCAGAUCUCAAACCAUCACACCUCCACUGCUGUGCUUCACAGCAGGUCUGCUGCAUCUUGAUUCCUCCAUCUUGGUUUCCUCCAUCUUGAUUCCUCCAUCUUGGUUUCCUCCAAUCUCAGUUUUCUUCACUAAACCUCAGAGAAACAUUUUCGGCCUUCUGUCGUUUGUCAGGUGUCAUCCGUCGGCCAUCUUUGUUCUCUGCCGCCAUGCCGACCACUGCUGUGGGCAGGAAAUUGGAUUUGUCCAAACUGACGGACGAAGAGGCCAGACAUGUGUGGGACGUCGUCCAGAGAGACUUUGACCUGCGGAGGAAGGAAGAGGACCGACUCGGCGAGCUGAAGAGUAAAAUAGAGAAAGAAGACAGCAAGCGGGAGCUGCUGGGGGUCCGGAGCAGCUUGGCCGAGUCCUACUGCAUCCGCUGCCUUCAGCCCUUCAGGUUCCUGCUCAACAUCAGGCGCCAGUGUUUGGACUGCCAGCUUUACGUCUGUCGCUCCUGCAGCCGCUUCAGCAGGAGGGAGCAGGGCUGGCUGUGUGAGCCCUGCCACCUGGCCAGGGUUCUGAAGAUCGGUACUUUGGAGUGGUACCAUGAGAACGUCCGGGCCCGAUUCAAGCGCUUCGGCAGCGCCAAGGUGAUGCGAUGUCUGUUUAAGAGGCUGAGCGGGGAACACAGCCGCUCCCAGAGCCCCAAAGAGCGUCCAGACUUUGACACCCGCAGUGAGCCGGAACGUCACAGUGAGUCCAUGUUCUCCAGUCGUUUUAUUAAAACUCAUGUUUUCCAAGCAGGUGGAUACGAGGAACUCAGUCUGGAGGCAGCAGACUCUCCAAACUUGCAGAUGAAGAAGGCCAAACGGAGGCUGACUGUUGAUCCCGUUGAUUUCGUUCUCGGCUUCGAUUACUCAGCAAACUCCAGACGUCAGGAGGAUCAGGGCGCCGGCGUUCAGGACGCGAUGGACCCGAUGCUCGCUGAGGCCGACCUGCAGGACGUUUUCCACCAGAACCUCCUGCAGGACAACCAGAGUCUGGACCUGGAGAUGCAUAAUCAGCACGAUGAGAUGGCGUACGCGGAGACCCGGACCGUCCCGUCCCGCUCCGUGUCCCGGCUCAGCUACUCGUCCUGCGGCAGCGGCAGCAUCGGCCUGCGGGGCGGCAGCAGCUUCCUGCCCAGCCUGGACGACUCCGAGGACGACCUUUGCCCCCGGGUCCCGGUGUACCGGUCCCAACCGGACCCGGGCAGCCACACGUCUCAGGAGAGCCUGUGCUCAGCCGGCGCGGCGCCGCAGAUCUGUGACCUGAACAAGCGAAUGUCGGCCAUUGAGACGCUGCUGAGCUGCUUGGAGGAAAAAGUGACGUCAGCUAACAGGAAGGACGUCCGAACCGCCCAGAGUCCGUCUCCUCCUCGUCUUCCUCAGUGGGAUGAAGAGGAACUGGAGCGGCAGCUCCGGCUGAAGCUGCACCAGCUGACCCAGAGCCUGAGCUCUGAGGAGGACGAGGCGGGCGGGCCGAGCCGGAUCCCCACCGGAACCAGAACCAGGGCCAGGCUGGAGGAGGACCUGAAGGCCGACCGCCUCUCAAUGAGCCCCGACACCCAGCAGCGCCCCCUGCUGGAGCCGCCCAGAACCGCCUCCGCCUGCAGAGGCUCCGCCUCCGCCUGCAGAGGCUCCGCCUCCGCCUGCAGAGGCUCCGCCUCCUUACUGCUGGAGCUGGAGGACAGAGUGGCUCAGGCAGCCGCCGACGUGCAGAGCGCCCAGAGCCAGGUUUCCUACAUCGAGGACCGGAUCGCUGCACUGAGCACCGCUGGAGGUCCAACAGACCGCAGGAGGAAGUCGGCGAUCCCGGUCCGGACUCGGAGACUCUCCCACAACGUUCCCAGCAAAUCUGGGGGUGACGGUGCGCUGAUGAAGAGGAGGCUGAGCAUCAUGUGACCUUCAUCGCUUUGCUUGGAGACGGAGGCAGCAGGGGGCCUCUCGUUACCGUGGCAACGGGAUGCCGCUCCAGCCCAUUACCGUGGCAACGGGAUGCCGCUCCAGCCCAUUACCGUGGCAACGUCUUUAUUUUUUAUGUCUGUCUUUAUUUUGUUUGAAGGUUUUAAUCAUAACCAAGCGUGAAUUAAUUGGUAACAGUAGCAACGUGAUGGAGCUGCUGGAGGAUUUCAGUUUUAUUAUUUCUGAAGUUUGUCUUUAUUUCUGUCAGUAGAACCAGAACCAGAACCUCCAGCCGGUUGGCAUCACGCUGCGUCUGCAGGUCCGACUAAAAUGCCACUCACAAGAUGGCGGCUGCACCACAGCUCUGCUUCAGUCUGGCCUUCAUUUUAGAUCAGUGCAUUCUUACUUUAUGCUGAUGUGAACUUUUUGUAAUCUGUUUCACUUCUAUAUUUUUGUCUGUGUUGGUUUUUAACUGUUCGGCGACCAGGAGAAUCCUGAGAGAUACUGUAAAAUAAAAUGCUUUAUUCUGAU